GGUACAAAGUAGCUGUUGGGAGAAGUAAAGCAGUUCUCUGUUCAGCACUAAGACUUCUCUUGAAGCACUCCAUCGGGUUUUGGGUUGUGCAGUUCCAAAGUGUCUGCAGAAAAACAGAGUGUGAGAGUUCUGUAAAGUACAAGCAACGAGCAAAGGUUGGAGUUGCAUAACUUAAAGAAACAAGGACUGAGGGAUAUGAGAGCAAGUACAAAAAGAACUGGUGCAGCAGUGGGAAUAAGACAUUUCACCAGUCCACAGACAGUAAAAUAACAACAGUACAGUUAAAUAGCAAGAAAGCAGUUGAAGAUGGUUAGGAAGAAUGAAGGCAGGCAUAAGAAAUCUUUUUUAAAGGCAUCACUGCUCCAGCGGUUUCAGAGUACGUUGGUCAUAGCAGAACACAACAAUGAGACACUUACGCCCGUUACACUAAACGCCGUCACUGCAGCAAAACGUAUUGGAGGUGAAGUUUCUUGUUUGGUGGCUGGUACCAGCUGUGACAAGGUAGCGCAAGAACUCAGCAAAGUGCAGGGUGUUGCAAAAGUUCUCGUGGCUCAGCAUGAUGUAUACAAGGGAUUUCUAGCAGAGGAGCUGACUCCCUUGGUUUUGGCAACUCAGAAGCAAUUUAAUUACACCCAUAUUUGCGCUGGAGCAUCUGCCUUUGGGAAGAAUCUUAUUCCCAGAGUGGCUGCUAAACUUGAUGUUGCCCCUAUUUCUGACAUCAUUGAGAUUCAGUCACCAGACACUUUUGUGAGAACUAUCUAUGCAGGAAAUGUCAUUUGCACCGUCCAAUGUGAUGAAGCAGUUAAAGUGUUUUCUGUACGGGGAACUUCUUUUGAGGCUGCACCAACAAGUGGUGGCAGUGCCAGUGUAGAAAAAGUAACCCCUCCACCACCUGUUGGUCAGUCUGAAUGGAUUGAGCAGCAGUUGACCAAAAGUGAUCGACCAGAGCUUACCAGUGCAAAAGUAGUUGUAUCAGGUGGAAGAGGCUUAAAGAGCGGUGAAAAUUUCAAGUUGCUGUAUGAUCUUGCGGAUCAAUUGCAUGCUGCAGUUGGAGCUUCCCGUGCAGCUGUUGAUGCUGGCUUUGUUCCUAAUGACCUGCAAGUUGGACAGACGGGCAAAAUAGUAGCACCAGAACUUUAUAUUGCUGUGGGAAUAUCUGGAGCAAUCCAACACUUGGCUGGGAUGAAAGACAGCAAGACCAUCGUUGCUAUUAACAAGGACCCAGAAGCUCCAAUUUUUCAAGUGGCAGACUACGGACUGGUGGCAGACUUAUUUCAGGCAGUGCCCGAGAUGACGGAGCUCCUGAAGAAGAAGUGAGCAACAGCGCUGGCCCCCGCACCGCGUUUUGGGGGGUGGUAAUGACAAAAAAAAAAAAAAAGUACUGGAAAGCACUGGUGUCAGCAUCUUUUUGCUGGGCAGUGUGGGUUGGUGGGACAGGUGGUAAGAAGGAAUAAUAACAAAUAAAGGAUUGUAGGGGAA